AGGGGUACAGGGAGCUCGGCGGCGGGGACACCUGAAUCGGAGAAGGCGCAGGUGAGGGGCUCCGGAGCUUGCCAGACGCUCCGGGGCCCGCGCGGGAGCGAGCGCCGCGGCCGGGUGGCUCUCGGGCCUGGAAAGCACCGGAACGUGUCGCCUCGGCGUCGGUCAACGGCUGUUCCGGCUCCGGACUACGUUUCCCGUCGGCCCCCGCGGCGCGCGCCCUUUGGCGCCCCCUGUCUGCGUCGGGGCUCGUAGCCCGGGUCCACGGACCCCCUGGCUCUGCCAUCUCAGGACUCUGCCCUUCCCCAAGAGAGGAUCCAGGAGCAAGACCCAUCAGCCCGCGAAAUUCUGAAAGUCAUGUCCCUCGGGUCAGACUUGUUCAGAGAUGUGGCUGUAGUCUUCUCCCAAGAAGAAUGGGGACGGCUGGCGCCGGCUCAGAGAGACCUGUACCGAGACGUGAUGCUGGAGACCUACGGCAACCUGGUCUCCCUGGGUCUUGCCUUUUCCAAACCUGCUGUGAUUUCCUUCCUGGAGCAAGGCCAAGAGCCCUGGAUGGUGGAGAAACUAGCCACAGGAGGCCCAUGCCCCGGAGAGUGGGGCAAGUGUGGGAAGCGAGGAGCCACCACAGUAUCGGAGUCCAGGAAUGAUACUCAGGUAUCGUCUCCAGAGCGGCACAUUUGUGAAGUACAGUCACCCCGGUGGGAGAUACCGCAAAGCCUGACAAGUUACGGUCUCGAGUGCUCGUGUUUCCGAGAUGAUUGGGAACGCAGAAGUCAGUUUGACAGGCAGGAGGGGGAUCCAGGUGGACAUUUGAGUCAAAUGAUCAUUGGUAAUGAAGAAAUGUCCACUUUCGACCAGCAAGCCUCCCUUACUUUUUAUCAGAAAAUUCAUACUGGAACAGACCCCUAUGGAUAUAAUGAAUGUACAGAAGACGUCUGGCAGGAGGACUUCAUUAGUCCUCAAGGGAUUCAUACUAACGAGAAACCCUAUAAAUGUAAGGAAUGUGGGAAGGCCUUUAAAUAUGGCUCCCGGCUAAUUCAACAUGAGAAUAUUCAUUCUGGCAAGAAACCAUAUGAAUGUAAGGAAUGUGGAAAGGCCUUCAAUUCUGGUUCAAAUUUCAUACAACAUCAGCGAGUUCACACUGGUGAGAAGCCUUAUGAAUGUAAGGACUGUGCAAAGGCCUUUAGUCGAAGCUCACAGUUGAUUGAACAUCAACGAAUCCAUACUGGCGAGAAACCCUAUCAGUGUAAGGAAUGUGGCAAGGCCUUCAAUCGGAUCUCACAUCUUAAAGUACAUUACAGAAUUCACACCGGGGAGAAGCCCUAUGCAUGCAAGGAAUGCGGGAAGACCUUUAGUCAUCGGUCUCAACUGAUUCAACAUCAGACCAUUCACACUGGCAAGAAGCUCUAUGAAUGUAAAGAAUGUGGGAGGGCCUUUAAUCAAGGCUCAACCCUUAUACGACAUCAAAGAAUUCAUACUGGUGAGAAGCCCUAUGCAUGUAAGGCAUGUGGGAAAGCCUUCAGGGUGAGCUCACAACUUAAGCAGCAUCAGAGAAUUCACACUGGAGAGAAACCCUACCAAUGUAAGGUAUGUGGCAGGGCUUUCAAACGGGUUUCACAUCUUACUGUACAUUACAGAAUUCACACCGGUGAGAAACCCUACGAAUGUAAGGAAUGUGGGAAAGCCUUCAGUCACUGCUCGCAACUGAUUCACCAUCAAGUAACUCAUACGGAGGAAAAACCCUAUGGAUAUAAGGGAUGUGGGAGGACUUUACGUCAUGACUCAAGUGCUGUUCAGCAUCAGAGAAUGCAUAAUAGAGAAACACCGGUGAGUUUAAUAAAUGUAGAAAAACCUUCCAUCAGCACUUACCCCUUACUGAUCAUCAGAGAAUUUAUGUUAGCGAGCAGCCAUAUGAAUGGAAAUAAUGGGUAGAGUCCAUUAGCUUAGCCACAACUUCCUCUUUUUAUCUUGGAGAGAGACUUGCAUAUAAUGCAAGUGAGAAUUCCCUUAUUCAGAGCUGUCCUUUACUCUGAGUCAUAACAUCCAUAUUGAAGAAAAAGUCUACGGAUGCAAACUGUUUAGACCAUGAUUGUCAAAGAAGGAAAGGUGAGGUAAAAAAUUUUGUCUCUAACACUCCAGAAUCACGUUUCCUAACCACAGUGUAAUCAUUUUAACAAUAGCCAAAAGUUUGAAUUUUAUUGGAAAAUAAAAAAAAAUUUUUUUUCUUGAGUUAGCAAGGAAAUAAAUCAUGCAAUUACUGUGAACGGUAAGGCCGACACUGAGAGUUUUACAUGCCCAGAAAUGUGGGAUGUGGCUGGAGCUGCUCAUAGGAGUUUUUAUGGCUUUUAAGUGCAUGCAAAACUGGAAAAACUGAAGGACUGUACUAAAAUAUACUAAAGGUACUAUUUAAGAAGCCAGAAGAGAGAAUACCAAACACCCUGAUGAUGAAUAAAUCAAUAGAAAAUAAAAACAGAAUAUGAUGAAAUAGAAAGUGGUUUAUCCUACAGAAACUUCAGUUUUUAUUUCUCCCUGAUUCAAGAGUAAACUACAUUUAGGAGACUCAAUUUCCAGGAUUUUUGUUUUGGGUUAUCUUUUAAAACUUUUGUCACAGACAGAAGUGGUUGGUUGCCUGCCUGGCAGCCAUACCCAAUUCCCAUUCCUGUUGGCAGCAUCUGUCUUGCCUUAGAAUCUGAAGAUGUCAGAUGCUUUUUCAGCCUCUUUUGCAGCUCAAGAUGGCCCUUAUGUUCCAGUGUAUGGCCAGGAUGUUCUGGGGAUCUACAGUGGCUUCUGGGAAAGAGCUUCCCCAUUCAGAAGAGACAGACACAUUAGGAAGACUCCCUCCCCUCAUUUCUUGCUUUUAAACAUCUUCCUCUGAGAACAUGAUGCCUGGAGCUGUUGCAGCCGUCUUGAAACCAAGAGGAGAAAAGAGAGGACCUCAAAGAAGCUGACCCAGAGCCCUAAGCACACUGAGCUAUGAGGCCAAUUUGGAACUGUCUCUUUGAUGCCUUGUUAUGUAAGGGAAAAUAAACCUUUAUUGCUGAAGUUAA